AUGGUUUACAUCCGCCACAGCGAGCUGCCCGCGCUGCGCGAGUACAAGUACUCGUCGGUCGACCGCUCGCUCGUCUCCAAGUACAUCCUGAAGCCGUUUUACACAAACUUCGUCAUCCACCUGUUCCCGAUGACGAUGGCGCCCAACAUGAUUACCCUGACGGGCUUCGCGUUUGUCGUCAUCAACGUCCUGACGCUGCUCUGGUACAACCCAACGCUGGACCAGGACUGCCCGUCGUGGGUGUACUUUAGCUGGGCUAUUGGCCUUUUCCUCUACCAAACCUUUGAUGCCGUCGACGGCGCCCAAGCCCGUCGCACCAAGCAGUCUGGUCCUCUCGGUGAACUCUUUGACCACGGCGUCGACGCCCUCAACACCUCUCUUGAAGUCCUCAUCUUUGCUGCCUCCCAGAACAUGGGUCAGGGCUGGAAGACGGUCGCCGUCCUCUUUGCCUCUCUUCUCACCUUUUACGUCCAGACCUGGGACGAGUACCACACCAAGACGCUCACCCUCGGUAUCGUCAACGGUCCCGUCGAAGGCGUCCUCAUCCUCGUCCUCGUCUACGCGCUCACCGGCUUCCUCGGCGGCGCCCAUGUCUGGCAGCAGAGCAUGCUGCGCGCCUUUGGCCUCCCCGACAACAUGGGCAUCCCCAUGGCCAUCUACAACCUGUCUUUUACUGAGUGGUACCUGGUCCAGGGCGCCGUCGUCCUCAUCUUCAACACGGUCGAGUCGUCGCUCAACGUCAUCCGCGCCCGUCGCGCCCGCGGCGAGACCUCGCGCGGCGCCCUCAUCGGCCUCGGCCCCUUCUUCUCUGUCUGGUUCCUUGUCAUCUCGUACCUCAAGCUGCAGCCCGUCAUCCUGCGCAACCACCUGGUGCCCUUUGCCAUCUUCGUCGGCCUCGUCAACGCCUACUCGGUCGGCCGCAUGAUUACCGCCCAUCUCCUCAAGCAGGACUUUCCCUACAUCAACGUUCUCGGCGCCCUGCUCAUGAUUGGCGUCGCCGACUCCAUGGGCCCCAUCCUCGCGGAGCGCAUUGGUCUCGGCUGGCCCAGCGCCCUUGGCGACGGCCCCUACCAGGUUGCCUAUGUGUUUUUCAUGCUCGGCACGGCGUUUGGUGUCUAUGGCAGCUUCGUCGUUGACGUCAUUGUCAGCAUUUGCGAUUAUCUCGACAUUUGGUGUCUGACCAUCAAGUACCACCACGUCGAGGACGAGGCCGCCAAGGCUCCCGAGCCUGCGUGGUCCAAGACGACAAAAACGCACUAA